AUUAUACCGGAUGUUCAAUGUUUGAAGAAAAAAAAACGUGAAAUUUUAUUGACGAGAUAUUUCAGAAAUUAUUAUUUGAGAUCAGUAGGAGGCACUUAUUAAACCAAUCACUUUGAGAAGUUCAUUUCGGCGAGAUAAACAAACAGUGCGCGCAUGGUUGAUUUAUCUCCCAAAAGAUUACAAUUAAUUUAAAACUUCUCGUCAUUGAGGAAUUUCCAUCAGUGACAGAAGUCGCAGGUAGCAAGAUAUAAAGCGGCGUGCAUCUUUUAACAUUUUAACGUCAUAACGAGGAGCCUCGCGUCGUAAAUAGGUCUGAGGUUGCUAUACAGACAGUAAGUCAGCAUAAACACUGACUCGGAAAAUUGGCAUAGUUCAGAACUUGUGGGCAAAUAAACCAACAAUUGUACUGGGAAUUCACGUUUGAAGAAGGAGCAAGUUGAGGAGCCACCACAUGCGGGAAAGAUGAACUUGAAAAGGAUCAUUAGCAUAGACGCUUCUGAAACUGACUUCAAGCGAUAAGCGAGACAAAAUGACGGCAAAUGGAAAAGUAAAUAAGAACAAGGUGAUUCCGGUUCAACUCGCGACAGAGGAAGAUGAAACUGUUGAGGAGAAUAGAGGAGCGCAAGCUUGUUCGCCUGAGAACGCUGAAGAAAAGGAAAGCCCUAACUUAUACAAAAAAGUACGUAUGGUUUCUCCCUUGAAAUCAGCUGGGCAAGCUAAGUUAAACGUGUCAAAAUGGCGAAAGUAUGCCAGGAGACGAGCCGAUAUAGCAGCUUGGCGUGAGCAUCAAAAAGCGCGAAUCGACUUUCCGACAAUCCGCGAAAGCCAAAGACAGAAUCAUCAACGUAUAAACGCGGCGCAGUUGAGUGAUUUGGAAGAACUAGUGGAAAUAACCUCCAUCCACCAGGGGCAUAGGAAAGAUGGCGGGGUUACAGCUGUGAGCUCACCCAGCCGGGCUUUGUUAUAUUAUUUUGCCAAGCUGGCCGCGUCAACUCGUGAAGAAGAGGUAAUCGAUUUGGAAUUUGUAGAGACGCUUAUUCAGAAUGGCGCUUCCGUGAACACGGCGGAUCGUCAUGGACAGACACUUAUGCACGAGGCAGCAAGGCAGUGGGAUUUGUCCGUUGCUAAGUUACUACUUGAACGAGGGGCAUCUAUCAAUCAAGCUGACAAAUAUGGCCGCACCCCUCUGCACGUGGCAGCCGCGGUGGACUAUCCUGAGAUGGUCCACUUCCUGGUGCAGCGAGGCGCAGACAUUCAUGCUAAGACAGGCAAAGAACUACAGACACCCAUACACUUUGCUGCACGCAACGAUGCAACUUCCUCACUAAAGAUGUUGAUGAAAUGUGGCGCUUGUAUAACCGAUAAGGAUUUCAAACAGAGAACCGCUCUGCAGGUCGCUGCCGAAUUGGAUCGCUCGGAAACAGCGAAAUGUUUGGUAGAACGCUCAGCGGAGGCUAAUGUGGCUGAUGACAGCGGCAUGACAGCACUUGUCAUGAUGAUCAGCAAGAUGCCCAGUGUGGCUAAAGAAGCACUUAAUCAGUUUUACUCCACCGAUCGAGCAAAUAGAAAACAAUAUUUCUAUUUAAACUACCUUGAGCCCCCAGUACCGACUUGCAUGAGCAGCGGAUGUGCCAGGACAGCACUUGAAGUCAUUGUGCAACUCAAGCAGUUUGAUUUGAUUAUGCAUCCAGUGAUACAGAGGCUUAUCAAGGUGAAGUGGAAUUAUUUUGGAAAGCGAGGAGCCUGGAUUCAAGUCGUAGUAAACCUGUUUUUCGUGUUAGUCUGGACUGUGCUUGGCAUCACCACACCAAGUAGGGCUGGUGAACUUUAUGAACCAAUCAAGGAGAAGUGGUGGAGGAUUACGCUGAGUAUCAUAGGGGUACUGAUGACCUUGAAUUUCAUCAGACAAGAAGUCAUGGAAUAUUUCUCAUCGAAAAGAGAACAUAGACUUUGGGUGAAGUGGCGGGAAGAUAAGUUGAGAGGAGAUUUGGAGUUCUGUCAUCCGAGAUGGCCUGGUGAAAGGUUAUAUUUGAUGCAAGAAAUUGACUCGUUGCAUCAUCAGGAACCAGCUUAUUUCAAAGAUGCCUGGAAUUUUGUCGACUGGCUGGCAUACUUCAUGAUCCUUGCCUCCAUAGCGACGAAUCUAAUCGCUUAUCUCUAUGGCAACACAUGGGCUCUGAUAGUGCACGUGAACAUUUCAUCUGCAACUCUUGUGAUUUUGUGGAUUCGUCUCAUGAAGUAUGCGCGUGCGUUCACUUCGUUGGGACCCUUUGUUGUCAUGCUCGGUCACGUGAUCAAUGACAUACUCAAAUUUGGAUUUCUAUUCUUCACGUUUUACAUACCAUACGCUGCCUCGUUUUGGAUGGUUUUCAGUGGACAUCAAGUGGAGGGUUAUUCCGACAUUACCGAUCUUCUCUACAGCAUGUUCAGGAUGACUGUUGUGGACGAGUACAAUUACGAUGGACUCGAGCAAGUUAAGCCUAUUAUGGCUAAAGUUCUUUGUGGUACAUACAUUGCAAUCUCAGGAGUGAUUUGUCUGAAUCUUUUUAUCGCUUUGAUGUCUGACACUUUUCAAAGAGUGUAUGACAAUGUCAAGGCAAACGCUGUUAUGCAGCAAGCCACUACUAUUCUGACUUUGGAGAAAAGCCUUUCCGCUUCAAAGCGGCGCGCUUUCACGAACUUCAUCUACACGAGAUGCAACCCUGAGGAGCUUUACUAUGACGACGACUUGUCUGAGGGGGAAGAAAAAGAUCUACAAAGAAUGACGCACCAAAUAAAGGAGCAGGUCGAUCAUAUCUACGCGCAUAUAGCUGAACAAGACAGUGAUAGAAAAAAGAAAGGAACCGCAUCCACGAACGAUGUACAUAAGUUGCGGGAAGAUUUAAAAAAACUAGAGCAACAGCACAGAGCCCUGACAGCGCAGUUUCACAAUCAGAUCGGUGAAGUCAAAGAUAUGUUGGGUGACAUUAUCCAUACUCUAGGCAAACGAAAGAAAAAGAAACACUGAACAACCUUGUUACCAAGUGGUGAUGAGAAUGUCAUGUAAUUUCUCCUAAUAGUUUUCAUGACAUUUUUGAGACUACAGUAGGGAGAAUAUAGACGUUGACUCUUCUAGAAGGAAUGAGGGUUAAGGUUAAGGUUAAGGUUAAGGCAAUUCACAUGAAAACCAUGCCAGCAUUACCCAUCUAAUUAUAACCUUCUAAACAAUUGUAUGCGCCUUUUAUAGUUUAGUAAAGCUGUUAUGAGACCGUACUUGACAGCCAGUUUAUUUCUUGUUAAACAAUUAACUUGAAGUACACCUUUUUAAAUAUCUUUAACUUUGUACGCACUGCAGAUCAUUGUGCAGCCAAUCAUUUUACCGUAAGAUACGUAUCCGAGUAAAUAGUCCAUGGAAACUAAUCAGUUACCAAUUUCAGGGAUGCGAAUAAACGAAAGUUUGUUACCCUUCGUAAGGAAGAGAUAUGUGUCUUAUAGGAGAAGGUAUAAGCAAGAGCCGCAAUAAUAAAUCGGGUAUA